CUUUAUAUAAUAAAUAUUAUUUACUCCAAUUAUUUACAAUCAAUCCUGAAGGAAAAAGAUUUAUAUUUAAUAUUAAGAUCGAAGAAGUAUUUUUUGAUAUUAAAUUAACACAACAAAAAGAAAAGUAUCAAUCAUUAGAUGUAGAAAAAAAUCGAGAAGAAUUUGAGGAGUAUUGGCAACAAUAUGAUACUUAUUCAGAUGAUAACACUUGUUAUUACUGA